AUUUAUUUACAAUCAACUAAUCCAAAUACUUUUCUCUCUCUCUCUCAAAAUGCAGUUCAAUUGACUAAAGAAUUUCUACUUAUCCAAAGCAUAUGAGAGAAAUGGUGAUUGGCACCAAAGCAACAGACAUAUACACAAAACUUUUCGAAACCUAUGCUCAAAAUGGCGUUUUGCAAUUAGGCAAAGUAUUACAUGCACACUUAAUCAUCAAUGGAUUGGCUCAAAGAACUCAUUUUGCUUCAAAGCUUAUUGCUUUUUAUGCAGAAUGUAAACAGUUAUCCCAUGCACGUAAACUGUUCGAUAAAAUUCCCAAAUCAGAUUCUCGUCGUUGGAUCGUUCUCAUUGGGGCGUAUGCUCGUCGUGGGUUUUACGAGGAAGCAAUGGGUGUUUUUUAUGAAAUGCAAAGGGGUGGAAAGAAGCCGAAUAAGUUUGUUCUUCCUAGUGUACUUAAAGCUUGUGGACGCUUCAAUGAUUUUCGAACAGGGGAGAUAUUGCACGGUGUGAUUCUGAAGAAUAAGUUUGAAUUUGAUUCGUAUGUGGUUAGUGCAUUGAUAGAUAUGUAUUCAAAGUGUGGUAGAGUUGAGAAGGCGAAAAGGGUGUUUAAUGGUACGGUGAAUAAAGAUUUGGUCUCGUUGAAUGCUUUGAUUUCGGGUUGUGUACAACAGGGGAUCGUAAAUGAAGCGUUGGAUUUGGUUGAGGAAAUGAAAGUUCAAGGUAUGAAGCCUAAUGUGGUGACAUACAAUACUCUGAUUGCAGGGUUUUCGCAAGAAGAUGAUCGAGGUGUGGUUUGUAAAGUUGUUGAAUUGAUGCACGAUGAUGGCCUUGAGCUAGAUGUUGUUUCUUGGACUAGUAUAGUUUCCGGGCUCGUGCAGAAUUUUCAUAACAAGGAAGCUUUUGAUACGUUUAAGCGAAUGUUGGAUGAUGGGAUAUGUCCAAGUUCAGCUACGAUUAGUAGCAUAUUGCCUGCUUGUGCAACUGUGGUAGAUUUGAUUCGUGGGAAGGAGAUACAUGGUUACGCGGUAGUGAUGGGGAUCGAGAAGGAUGUAUACGUAAAAAGUGCCCUCAUAGACAUGUAUGCAAAAUGUGGAUUUAUAUCUGAAGCAAAGCACUUGUUUUCUAAGAUGUGUGAAAAAAAUACAGUAACUUGGAACUCGAUGAUUUUUGGCUACGCGAAUCAUGGGUAUUGCAGCGAAGCAAUUGAAUUAUUCAAUCAAAUGUUAAGAGAGGAAGAGAGGAAACCAGAUCACUUGACUUUCAUAGCAGCUCUCACUGCUUGUAGUCAUGCUGGACUUGUGCAGUAUGGAGAAAGUUUGUUCAAACUGAUGCAGGAAAAGUACACGAUAAAGCCAAGAUUGGAGCAUUUCGCGUGUAUGGUGGAUCUUCUAGGGAGAGCAGGGAAACUCGAUGAGGCUUACGAUUUGAUUCAGACCAUGUCAAUUGAACCUGAUUUAUUUGUUUGGGGAGCAUUAUUAGGGGCAUGCAGGCAGCACGGAAAUAUGGAUUUAGCAGCGGUUGCAGCUGAGAAAUUGGCUAAACUUGAACCUGAGAGUGCUGGAAGUAGUGUGUUGCUAUCAAGUUUAUAUGCUGAUGCAAAUAAGUGGGUAAACGUUGCGAAGGUAAAAAGGGUGAUCAAGAAGAAGAAACUGAAAAAAGUUCCUGGCUGUAGUUGGGUAGAAGUUGCAUAAGUUUUCAGAUGGCUAGAGAAGCUGAAGAUCAGUUGAGUAUGCGAUCUUGGAUUGAAGGCGUGCCUCGAAGGGGAGGUGUUGAUAAUCAAUGGUUGGUUUUGCUCCCUAGUCUCAACUGAUACAUACAAAGGGAAAUGCACCAUUCAACAAAGAGGCAAGCAGUUUCUUUACUGAACAAUGCCUAGAAUCAAGGUGAUCACAACAUAGAUUCCGCGGGAUUCAGGAUCUGAGUUGAGUCAUUACAUACCAUCUUGAGUACCAGUUCGGUUUCUAAGGACGCUACAAAGUGCUGGAAAUGAAACAGUUUGUAGAGGAAAUCAAAGAAUAUACAGAUAGGCAAAGCAUUACAGAAAUCCCAUGCACUUUGGGUCCUCAAAGGCUUGUCCAGACUUCCUAUUAAAGAAGGACCCUACGUCUGAAGAGGGGUUGUAUGGUCUGAAAAUCAGAAGUCUUUCGGAUGAUAGGCUAGUAUUUUCAUGCUGCAUUCAGCUCGGUGCACUAAGCUCCCGCUAUGCACAGGAUUCGGGGAUGGGCCUGACAACAAGGGUCUAUUGUACGCAACCUUAUCUUGCUUCUCUGCAAUAUGCCAUUUUCACCGCUCAAACUCAUAAGCAACAACUUUCUUUAUCAGCUACCCCUUCCUCGGCUUUGAGCUUAUAUAUUGCAGAAUACAUGUACCGGGAUUUGAGAAAUUAAUAUUACUAAUAUGUUUUAGGGAACCUUGAAGGAACGGUAAAGUUAUUUGUGUGAGUGGAAAUAUGUGUUUCGUCUA